AUGGUUGAAGCAUGUGACAGGACUGGUUUGAGUAUAGACGAAAUGGUCGUUGAAAUCGAUCUCAUGGCCAAUGAGGAUGGCGUCAUUCCUGCCCUACAAACUCCACCUAUCUUUAAGAUUGCUCCGAUUCGGAUUACCUCGAAGGCUCUCGAGUAUUUAUCUCCCUCGGACUUGGGAGCAGCGGUCGAUGCAUUUCGAUCCGACAUUCGUUACCACGAUAUUGAAGGGCUAUCCAAGCUGUUCAGUCCAAAUGAUUGCAGAUAUUUUGUUGCCCAACUUGUCG